CUGGAGAAGAGCUAUGAGCUGCCUGAUGGCCAGGUGAUCACUAUUGGGAAUGAAAGGUUCCGGUGCCCAGAGGCCAUCUUCCAGCCCUCCUUCCUGGGGAUGGAGUCCUGUGGCAUUCACGAGACCACUUUCAACUCCAUCAUGAAGUGUGACGUUGAUAUCCGAAAGGACCUCUAUGCUAACACAGUGCUGUCUGGCGGUACCACCAUGUAUCCUGGCAUCGCUGACCGAAUGCAGAAGGAGAUCACGGCCCUGGCACCCAGCACGAUGAAAAUCAAGAUCAUUGCCCCACCGGAGCGUAAAUAUUCUGUCUGGAUUGGUGGCUCCAUCCUGGCUUCUCUCUCCACCUUCCAGCAGAUGUGGAUCAGCAAGCAGGAAUAUGAUGAGUCUGGCCCAUCCAUUGUCCAUCGUAAAUGCUUCUAAAGAGGGUCCCAGCAGGUGUGCUCAGCCUCUGCUGAUGGGGUUACACACAGUAUAAUUGUCAGGGCAAAUGUAUUUACCAAAUUGAGUAGUUACUUGUAAACUUUGCCCUUGAAAAGCCUUUCAUGUUGGACCAAUAUUGUUUGAUUUACUCCCCUCCCCUUAUGUUUAACUUGACUAUACCUUUAAUGUACUGUGCAGUAACUAUAUCCUGUGCAUCAUAAGCUCUGUUACAGGUUGCACGUGACCAAGGUUACAGUUAACUGUAUUAGUGAAGAGAGCGCUACCUGUUAGGCUUUAGUUUUCCUGUGGUUGACUAGUGACCCUUUACUUCCCCCCACCCCACCCCCCAGCUAUAAAUUCCCUGGGGCUGGAGACUAGACUAAGGGUGGUUGACUUGCCAUUGCAUCAAAGUUACAUUGUAAACUCAGAAGUAGAUUUGUAACUAACCCUAAAGGUGAUAACUGUAAUGUCACUGACCGCUCCUUGUAUAAGGCAAACUAAUAAACUUCCAUGGUUUACAAAGUU